GCACUAAAAGAUAGCGGUUUUUAUGUCUCUGCUAUGUUUGACUUGAUCGUGAUUUAAAGAUAGCGUUUUUUGAAUUGUAAACGCUAUAGAUGAUUUAAGCGGGACAUGCUGAAAUUGACGCGGCCAAUUUUCGGGUUACUAAAGUUUAAUUCCCGCUAUUGAAUCUGUUAAGAGGGAAAAAUGUGAAAUUUUGGCUAAGGCAAAAUAAAUUAAAACAAGAAACAUCACUUUUUCAUUUUUUUCUUAAGGCAAAAUAAACUUCUUCUCUCUCGAUUUCUCUCGAUUUCUCACAGUCAACAACACAUCUCACUUGAUUUCACUCGAAUUCUCACAAUCUGCAACUCAAUCUCAGUCGAUAUCUCUCGAUUUCUCUCGAUCUCCAACAGGUAUGUUCAUAUUCAAUCGUAGCAAAUCUAUCUUCGUCUCGUUCUCUGAAUGUCAAUCUCGAUCCUCUUAUGUGUAGUCUCAAUCUGUAUCAAUUUCUCGUUCAAUUCAGCAUCUCGUUCGAUUCAGUCUCUAUUGUUUUUUCUUAAUCUCAGUCUAGUACUUCGAUCUCUGUCUCAAUCCUUCAUUCUCACUUUUCAUCGAUCUUCAUCCGUGAAGAGCUUGGUGAAACUUCUGUUGAAGGUUUAUGAGUUUCAUUUUGAUAUAUCAAUUUUAAUGUUUUGGUAAAUAAUUGAUAUCUAAUUGAUCUCUAUGUGACUGUUCUUGACUUCUUGCAACUGAGUUACGCUCAUGAGAAUAACUGAGUUACAUGUUUUGGCAAGAUGUCGCUUGCCUGUGAUCUUGUGGUGUCAUCCAGGAAGUGGAGAUGUGAUUGCCCGCUCAUCACAACCUUUAUUUGGUUUGAUGAUGAACAUGAGGAGUCUUGAUAAAGCUGUGGAGCUAAAUUAUCAGUGGAUUGCAUUUGAUGAUGUUUGUUACCAUGUUCAGGUGACAGUGAAGAAUCCAAACCUCUUGUUGCUUGUGGUUUCGUUACCAAAUCCACCACCUGAAGCAAUGUCCUUUGAUGGACUUCCAUUAGGAGCUAUAGAAGCCAUUAAAGCUACUUACAGGACUGGUUUUCAAGAGGUUGAAGUAUUGUCUCAUAUCACAUGGAAACCCAAGUGGGGAAUGAUCUUCUCUGAUAUCAAAAAGAAAGUCAGCAGGAACUGCGAGGUCUCUCAGAGAUCCACGAUGGCUAUUACAAUUAGUUUAAGUGUCGAACGCUUUGUGUUUUCUUUUAUUACAUGCACUUGA